UUGGUGAAUUUGAACUCCUUUGUAAUGUAAACUAGACAACGUGUAAACAGCCGGUUCCACUGCAGCUGCGAGUGUUGCGAUUUUGGUUUUAAAAAUCAUUAACAAUAUAAUUUUCCAGUGCUAAUCUACACCUUCUGCCCCGUUUUUUGAACUAUUUCAAGUAUUGAACAUAAAUGUCGUCAAAAGAAUUGAAGGCCGCCUUGAAAGAGGCUCGGGAGGCUAUAAAAAUUAAAAAGUUCUCCGAAGCAAUCAAACUAUGCAAUAAAAUUCUAAAGGAAGAUGCCCAAAACUAUAUGGCUUUGCUGCUGAUGGGAGCCUCCUAUCAGGACAUGGAUAGGAAAGAGGCAGCAGUCUAUCUGAAGCGGGCGCUUGAUUGUGGCAAUGAUCCGACGGUGGCCCUGCAGGGUUUGUUAAACUGUGUCGAAGAUAAGGAACUGCCGGACGUUUGUGGGAAACUCUUGAACCUCACGCCGGACAAAUACAGCGAUCUUCAUGGAAAACUACUGGCAGUGGCCUUGCGCGGAGAAUGCCUAGAUGGUGCAUUGAAAAUAUUGGAGUCGGAAAUCAACUUACCCAGGGAUAAUGAAAUGCGCAUCACCUCCGCAUAUAAUUGUUUAUCGAAAAUUCUGCUUCCAAAUGCAGCACUGGAAACUUCUUAUGAAUCUUUAGUUCAGCGAACUCUAGAGCACGAUAUCCAAAACAGAGAAGAUCCUUUUUUGCAUGAGAAAAUGCGGCGAUACUUAAAGCUUCUGCAACGAUUGAAACAAUACGAAACUUUAGCGGAAGCCUCUCUAUUAAUGUACGACAGGUUCCAAAACGAUAUUUACCCUCUGGAAUGGAUUUGCAAAGUAUUUGUCGAGAAACUAGUAGAUGAAAGUUGGUUGAAACAAACCUUGCAUGAUAAUAUAGAACUUUACGUUGAUGCUGCCUUGGCAAUUAAAGGGGAUUCUGUUCUGGCUCUGGUAGCCAAAGGAAUGUUGCACUACGAAAAUCAAAACUUCAAACAGGCAGAAGAAGUUCUCAAAAAAGCAUAUGCCCUCCAGCCUAAUUGGAGUAUAUGCGUCAAAACCCUGGUAGAAGUAUACAUGCAGAUGCGGUUGUACGGUUUGGCGGAAUGUUUAUUAAGGCAGUCAAAAAUAACUGACAGUAAUUUUUUCAUAACUCUCGUAGAAGAUGGAAAUUUGGAAAAACUAGAAGAAGCCAACGCUGUAUACAAAGAAUUGAAACCAGAAACGGAAAUAUUAUAUUAUUAUGCAAAACUCAAGUUAUUAUUGAAAGAUACGGAUCAGUUUGAAAGCCACAUGGAAAAUUUGAAAAAUGUCAAUUUUCCUGUAGAUGCAUUGGACGUAUUAAACGCUCUCUACAAUUUAGCUCAGAAUAAUACAUUGAAAGCUGUAGAGAUACUAAAGCAACAUGAAAACAGUUGCACGUGUCUUCUCGAGCUUGUAAAAUUGUACUACGAUGUUCAAGAUUUUGAAAAUAGUUUCCUGUGUGCUCUUAAAGCAACAAAACUAGAGCCCAACAAUUCCAAGUGCUUCUUUUGGCUUGGCAAAUUGUACCAACAAAAUUCAGACUCAGCCAGAGCAAGAAAAUGUUUUGAAAAAUGCAUCGCAUUGAAUCCGUCCAACAAGGAUGCCAUCAUUCUUCUUAGUUCGAUUUACCGAAAACAAAACGAAUGGGAAGCCAAUUCGAAGCUGCUUCAAAAUUCGGUGAGUGCUGUGAACGGAUCCAGUUCAGCGUGGGCUCAGCUUCAGCUAGGAUUGCACCAUUUGGGCCAGCAGAACUACGACGAAGCCAUCGCCGCGUUUCGGACAGUGCUGCGAUACGACAUCAAUAACAUUACCAGCUGGGAAGGGCUGGCCGAUGCUUACAUGAACCGAGGCUCUUAUGUUUCGGCGAUUAGGGUAUUCGAAAAAAUAAACGAACUUCAACCGGACAAUCCAUACCCAAAGCUUCAGCAGGCCACCAUUAAAAACAUUUUGAAACAUCACAAAGAUGCACUGCUGCUGUUUGAGGAGCUUCUGGAAAAAGACGCCAAAUACUUUCCUGCCAUUAAAGGGAUAGCUGAAUCGCAUUUCGGUCUCUGUUAUUAUCGUCUUGACCAAAGACAGGUCGGCAGGAGUCGUGACCAUGCACAACUAGCCGUAGAUUAUUUCAGCAGAGCACUGAAAUUGAAGCCUACAUUUGUAUGCCUUUGGAAACAAAUGGGUAACAUUUUAGAUACUGUAGCAAGUUUUCCUGAAUCGAAAUCACAUCUUCUACUAGAGGGUAGCUUAGCAGGUGUUAAUCAUCGAAGCCAAGCUUGCAUUGAAGGGGAAAAGCUUUUUGAAUUGGCUGGCCGUUUUUAUAGUAGAGCAUUAAAACUGAACAUGGACGAUAACUUCCUCUGGUACGAGCUAGCAACGAAUAACUAUCGACGCGCUUUGAAGUAUGUCAAGGAUAAAGAGGGCCGCCGAAAAUUGCUGACAACUGCAAGUGAGGCUGCUAAACAGGCCAUAAAACUGGAUCCUAUCAGGUGGCAGAACUGGAACCUUUUGGGGGUCAUUAGUGCUACCGAUGAAAUUAACAAUUUAGCUUUAGCGCAACACUGUUUCAUCGAAGCUGUAACGAUCGACAAAAAAACAUCGGCUGUCAGUUGGUCGAAUCUAGGAGUCUUGUAUUUACUGGAAGGAUCAGUAAAUUUCGCUAAUAAAGCGUUCAGUCGAGCUCAACAAUCAGAUACAACUUUUCCCAAUGCAUGGAUUGGACAAGCUUUGAUUGCAGAGCAAAUUGGACAAGCAGAUGAGGCUAUGGAUCUAUUCCGUCAUUGUACACAGCUGGGGUAUCAUUCGGAAUCUGCCUUGGGUUAUGCCCAUUGGGUUUGUUCCAUUUUGAACGAAGAGUACCAGAAAAAUAAAAGAUAUCAGUUUAGUAUAGAAAACAUGCAUGCACUACCUCUGUCUCAUGAUUCGAUUUCUUGGCACUGUAAUGACAAAGAAAGCGAAGCAUCCGUAGAAGCUCUUCAUUUUCAGGGUUUCAUUAGCAUUAAAUUAGGUUUGUGGAAAACCGCAGAGCUGGCUCUACGCAAAGCAUCCGUCAAAGCUUCCGGGAUACAGAGAGACAAAAUCCUGUGCGAAUUGGGACACUGUUUGAUAAAGCAGAAAAAGUUUACUGAAGCUGUUGAUUGUUUCGAUCGAUUGAAUGAGACCACCUACCAUGCCACGGUAGGUAAAGCCUACGCCUAUUUCAAGGCAGGUCAAUACCAGGAAUCUUACGCCGAAUAUGAAAGUGCACUAAACUGGUUGGCUACGACAGAUCAGGAAAAAGCCUACGCACUCAUUGCGAUGUCGGCAAUGGUUUACGCUUUUCAAGGAGAAGCAGACGCUAAAACAAUACUUUUCCAAUGCAUAACUUUACCGGAACCUCCGAUUGAAGCUUUAUUUUCAGCAUGCUCUCUUGGUUUACUACACAAAGAUUCUGUUUUGACGGACUUGGUCAUCAAAGAACUUCGAAAGUACGAAAAUGACCCCAAGAAUGGACAUCAUGUUGUUUAUCUCGUGUCUCAAUAUCUUUGGGCUAAUAAACAAAAGUCCCAAUCGCUCGCUUAUCUGGUGUCGCAGGUACAUAAAUAUCCCGCUCGGCCCAAGUUGCGUCAAAUUUUGGCCGUAUCACUGCUUAAAAAUCACCGAACCCCGAAGCAGAAUCUUAUCGUAGCCAGUAGCAUCGCUCAGAGCGCUCUGGUGCUGGACUUGCAUGAUCAACAAAGUGGAAGUACUCGAGCCGUGGAUGCCGCCAAAUGGCUGGCAGUUGCAAGCGAAGCUGUGCGCCCUGUAGACGAACGGAAACGUCGAAUCCUGGCCCAGAAGGCGGUCCACGUGGAUCCCACCUGUAAAGAAGCGUGGAGUGCCCUUAUAAGAAUUUCUCUUAAAAAGUGAAUGAUUUUGAUGAUUGUAAAUAUUCGUGUUGAAACCGCUUAAAUAUCAUUCGGUUGAAAGCAUCAAAUUUGUUUCAUUACCAAUUUAAAAUCCUUAUUGUUUCUGUGAGCCAAGCUACAAGUAUUUUAUGUCAGCGCUUCAAAAUUAUUUUUUAAUGAAAUCCAGAUGCUUGAAAGUUUAUACCUAAUA